AUGCCGGCAAAAUUUAAUCAAGCAUAUUCAGAAUUAAUCCGGAAACUACCUCCUUCACUAGAAAAUGAAGCUUGGAAACGUCUUAUCUCUAGAAAGCGAAAUCCAAUAACAGAAGAGGACGCUAAUACCAGAAAAGAAUAA